GAGGUUACAUUAACGGAGGAUACACGACAGAAGGAAUUGUUCUAUUUCCAAACUUUACCUUCAACAAGCGUAGAUUUUUUUUUUCAAAAUUUUUAUUUCUAUUAUAUAUCUUUCUCGUAAUAUUGAGAGCAAUAAAAAAAAGAAUCAAAUCGCACCAUCUCUGUAAUAGGUAAAUGCCUCUUUUUCUCCUGAAGUUGUCGGAAUUAUUCGUAAUAAGAUAUUGGCUAUAAUUGAAAAGGUCUUAUCAAUAAAAUUUCCAUUUAUCCGCGAUCUAGGCAUAGGUAGCAAUCCAUUCUAUAAUUAUUCUCAUUACCUCUAGUGGUAAACCGAUACCACAAAGAAAAGAAUUGUACAGUACGAAAUAACAUAAAAAAAAAUUCAUUAAGAAAAAAGGAUAUGGGACCUGUAUUUAGAUUUAUUCAAAUUGUUCUUUUUUGACAGGAAUAAAAAAAAAAAAGAAAUAAAUAUUGGAGUACGCUUCGAUUUCAUCCUAAUGUAAAUGGAGUAGUAUACCAACAAAAGAAAGUAUUCAAUUUCAUUUAAGUUAUAGAUUAUAAUAACGAAUAAUUUUUUAUUGAAUUCUCAUCCAAUCCAAAGAAGAAAAAAAAAAAAAGGAUCCAAUAACCAUUCUACGAUGAAAAAACCCGCCUGUUUUAUUUUGUAUGCAUAGAGGAGGUAUACACUAUAGAAUCCACUUAUAUAUAAUUUCUAUGAAUAUUUGUAAUAGAUCUGCAGGAUAGGAUUUGUUGUUGAGAGAACUAGAAAACUGGACUGGAAAGAAAUUUCUUAAUUCUUAAGAUAUGGAAUAAUAGUUUAAAUAGAAUCGUGAUCUGAAGAGAUCCAUUAACCAAAGUGCAAAAAUAGACCUAUCAAUCAGCGGAUUCGUUAGAAUUUAGUGAUUGCCUCCGGUACCGUUAUAAAAUAACAGAAAAAGAGGCGAAGGCUGGUUUGGUUUUGCAAAGAAUUCUUUAUAACAGUUUUCUUAUUUUCUAUUUAUCCGUAUAACCUCAAAACAAAGAAAUUUAUUUGACUUUGAUGAAAAUUUAUAUAUUUUUCUAAUUAGAAUUAGAAUUGAUUGGUCGUUCCUAUCCAAUAAUCUACGAGUACCGGCUCGCUAUUCACUCGGUUUUUGGGUCAUAAUCAUUAUGUAGGAGAGAUGGCCGAGUGGUUGAAGGCGUAGCAUUGGAACUGCUAUGUAGGCUUUUGUUUACCGAGGGUUCGAAUCCCUCUCUUUCCGUACCUUUAUCUAAUUCACUGAUCUUACUAACCAAAAGAGUAAAAUAGCACUAUAUAAAAUUAUAUUCCAACACAACAGUUAGACCUUUCUUUGAUAUAUUUUUUUUUAUUCCUAAUUGCUGUGGCAUGGAAAAUACUGAAAGGAAAAGAGUAGACAAGGAAGGAAAAUCUACCUCUCAUUGUAGGUUUAGGUCUGGCGCGAAUAAUAUUCUACGACUAGCAAUUCAUUUAUUUUCAAACCGACCCAUUUACUAUCUAUUAUUUGAUUGACUAAUCCUUUAUAUUGGAAUGGUUGAAGAGUCAAAUGUUUUGGCAUUUCGUCCUGAGAGGGUGAAUUGAAAGAAUUUUGAAUCAGAGCUCUAGAGUUUUGUUCAUCCCUCGCCGUAAUAAUAUCUCGGGGUUUGCAGCGAUAACUUGGUAUAUCUACUAUACGACCAUUGACUAAAAUAUGUCUAUGGUUAACUAAUUGACGGGCUCCAGGAAUAGUCGUAGCCAUACCCAAUCGAAAAAGGAUGUUAUCCAAGCGCAUUUCAAGUAAUUGGAGUAAAACCUGACCUGUUGACCCCUUGGCUUUACCGGCGAUACGAACGUAUUUAAGUAAUUGUCGUUCUGUAAGACCAUAAUGAAAACGCAACUUUUGUUUUUCUUCUAGACGAAUACGAUAUUGAGAUUUUUUACCGGAACGUGAUUGGUUUCUAAGAUCACUUCCGGCUCUAGGCCUUUUAUUAGUUAGUCCCGGUAAAGCUCCCAGGCGGCGUAUUUUUUUGAAACGAGGUCCCCGGUAACGCGACAUAAAGACUCCUUAUUCUUAUUUAUAUUGAAUUCUUAUUGAUGAAAUUUCAUUUUACAGAAUAAACCUAAACUAAAACUGAACUAAAUAAUAAAUGAAGCGAAGUUUACGAAAGUAGUGUACUUGUACUCUAAAUACUCUAAAGAAUAAUUAGAUGAAACCAGACCUUUCUAUUCUAUAUAUAAAUACCCAGACCUUUCUAUUCUAUAUAUAUUCUAUAUAAAGAUUCUAUAUAGAUAAAAAAUAGAUAAUAAGGGAUUCUUUUCGUGGCAUAGUUAGAAGUUCAUAUAAGAUAAAAAAUAGAUUUUUCACAAUAUUCUUUUAUUUCGGAUUUCAAAAGGGCAUUUUCAAUAAUGUAAAAACUAGAAGAAAAUAAAUAGAGAAAAGCCGGCUAUCGGAAUCGAACCGAUGACCAUCGCAUUACAAAUGCGAUGCUCUAACCUCUGAGCUAAGCAGGCUCACAUAAGAUAAAUUCUAAUGCAUAGGGGUUGUCAUCUUAAUUAAUUAAUAUACUUAUUUGCAUUCUUAGCGAUUCCUAUUAGCUAGUCAUAAUCAUAAUGAAUAUGACUAUAGAAAAAAUAAAAUAUAGAAUUGAAAGGAAAUAUUCAAUACUCAUACUUACCACAGGCCAUAGAAUAUAACGAGAAAUCUAUCGCUAUAGAAUUAUUUUAUGUAUUUUUCUCACAUCACAUAGUAUAUAGCAUUUAAUCUUACAAAAUAGUAGAUUCGAUCUAUUUUUAGAUUUAAUCAUUUUAGUUUUUGCUUUCAAAUGCUAUUUGAAAGUCUUUUUAUUACACUUCUUUCUUUUAUUACAUAUCAUACAUAUUUUAUAUUUCUAUUUUAAAAUGGAAUGAUUUGUUCUAAAUAAUGAGACAUUAUUGCGCUUUGCUUCGUAAAGAUAGAAGUUCAGACGAAAAAAAGAAUCGACCGUUCAAGUAUUCCAAAUUGCAUGCUAAAAACAAGCAUAAGAGAGACAUAUAUAUGUGGUAUAUCUCCAUCUAUAUUGAAUUGCAGAUACAGAAAUGAUAGAAUCUUUCUGAUUGGACCAAAUGUGGGUGCGGGUCUCCUAUAGAAGAUGAAAGAAGAUAGCCAAGAAAAAAAAGAGGAUAAAAGCUUUUUCGAGAUAGGAAUCAGUAUUUAAUGAAUUCAACGGUUCCAGUAGAAAUGAAAUAAAAAAGAGAACGAUAUCUCAAUAAAAAUGAGAUACUAAUCUCAAAACAAAAAGGGGAUAUGGCGAAAUUGGUAGACGCUGCGGACUUAAUUGGAUUGAGCCUUGGUAUGGAAACCUACUAAGUGAGAACUUUCAAAUUCAGAGAAACCCCGGAAUUAAUAAAAAUGGGCAAUCCUGAGCCAAAUCCUAUUUUCCAAAAACAAACAAAGGCCCAGAAGGUGAAAAAAGGAUAGGUGCAGAGACUCAAUGGAAGCUGUUCUAACAAAUGGAAUUGACUGUGUUGCAUUGGUAGAGGAAUCCUUCCAUUGAAACUUCCGAAAAGAUGAAGGAUAUACGUAUAUACAUACGUAUACGUACUGAAAUACUCUAUCAAAUGAUUAAUGACGACCUGAAUCUGUAUUUUUACAUGAAAAAGGGAAAAAUUGUUGUGAAUCGAUUCCAUAUUGAAGAAAGAAUCGAAUAUUCAUUGAUCAAAGCAUUCACCACACAGUCUGAUAGUUCUUUUGCAGAACUAAUUAAUCGGACGAGAAUAAAGAUAGAGUCCCAUUCUACAUGUCAAUACCGGCAACAAUGAAAUUUAUAGUAAGAGGAAAAUCCGUUGACUUUAAAAAUCGUGAGGGUUCAAGUCCCUCUAUCCCCAAAAAGCCCAUUCAACUCCUUAUUAUCUUAUCCUUUUUUUCGUUAGUAGUUCAAAAUUCGUUAUCUUUCUUAUUCACCCUACUCAACGGAUCCGAGAGCACAAUUUUUCUCUUAUGACAAGUCUUGUAAUAUAUGAUACAUGUACAAAUGACCGUCUUUGACCAAAGACUCCCCAUUUGAACGAGUCAUGGUCGAUAUCAUUAUUCAUACUGAAACUUACAAAGUCUUCCUUUUUUGAAGAUCCAAGAAAUUAUAGCACCUGGAUAAUACCCUUUGAAUUGACAUAGACCUAAGUUAUCUAGUAAAAUGAGGAUGCGGUAUCGGGAAUGGGAAUGGUCGGGAUAGCUCAGCUGGUAGAGCAGAGGACUGAAAAUCCUCGUGUCACCAGUUCAAAUCUGGUUCCUGGCACAUGAUUAAUUUUUAUGAGUCUCUUUUCUACAAAUUAGUUAAUACUUAAUAAAUUGACAUAUAUAUUCAUUAAUAGUUUAGAUCAUAUUACAUACGUUUAUCCGCCUCGGUCUUCCGCCUCGGUCUUUAGAGAAAUACCCCAUCUAUUUUAUAGAUGGGUAAAGUUUUUUUUAUACAAAGUAUGUAACAAAAAUAAAUUCUAUUUUAGAUUCUUUUUUCUCUCUCGUUCAAAAAUAAAGUGAAUACCUAAUCCCUCAUACGCAUAUAAUAUUCGAAAGGUUAAAUUAGUUGUUAGCCGAUCCAUAAUACAAACGAGACUUAAAUUACUCUGUUUAAUCUAGAACAGAACCUUGAAUCUAUGGAAUUGUAGAAAUGAAAAAAAGUUUCUUAUUUUUCAAUGAGCAUCUUGUAUUUCAUAAAAAUUGGGGGCAAUAUAAUCCUUACGUAAAGGCCAUCCAAUCCAACUUUCAGGCAUUAAGAUGCGUUUCAAACGCGGAUGAUUAUCAUAAGAUAUUCCCAACAUAUCAAAAGACUCCCGUUCUUGAAAAUCCACACCUUUCCAAACCCAGAAAACAGACGGAAUUCGAGGAUUUUUCCUCGGGGAAAAUACUUUUAUGCAUACCUCUUCUGGUUGAUCCACGCCAUACUCUAUUCUCGUAAGAUGAUACACACUAGCUAACAGUCCACCUGGUGCUACAUCAUAGGCACAUUGGGAGCGUAAAUAAUUGUAACCAUAUAUAUAUAAAAUGACAGCAAUGGAAUGCCAAUCCUCGGGUUUUAUUUGUAAAGUUUCUAUUCCUUGGUAAUCAAAACCCAAAGAUCUAUGAAUUAGUCCAUGCUUGACUAACCAAGCAGACAAACGACCCUGCAUCUUUUUUAUCUCUCCCGCAUUGUUUUGUUAUUUGUAUAAGUAUUUUGCAUUGACGACGAUAUUUUUUCGGAUUGACCCACUACUUUUUUUCUGUACAAAAGAAUCCUGUCUAAUUCACUAAUUCGUGGGAAGAGACUGAACUUUUGUAUUUGAAAAAUGUUUCGGGGGGGAUCUCCGAAGUGGAUGUCGGUUGAUAAAGGAACUCCCGAUCGUAAUUUCCGGUAUGAAUACUACGCCCGACCUUCAAUUUGUGAUUGGUUGUAAAACACCGAUUCUCUCGUUGAGACUUAAUUCUAUCUUCAUAGAUUUCUCGAGAUAUUUUCUUACGAAGUUUUGUUAUAGCAUCUAUAACUGCUUCCGGUUUUGGUGGACAACCUGGCAAAUAGACAUCUACAGGAAUUAACUUAUCGACUCCCCGAACAGUACUAUAAGAAUCAGUACUGAACAUCCCCCCUGAAAUUGUACAUGCUCCCAUAGCAAUAACAUAUUUUGGUUCAGGCAUUUGCUCAUAUAAUCUCACUAAAGAGGGAGCCAUUUUCAUUGUUACUGUUCCGGCUGUUAAAAUAAGGUCCGCUUGUCUAGGACUUGAUCUUGGGACUAGUCCAUAACGAUCAAAGUCGAAUCGUGAGCCUAUUAGUGAAGCAAAUUCAAUGAAGCAACAACUGGUACCAUAGAGAAGCGGCCAUAAACUAGAAAGUCUUGACCAAUUUGAAAGAUCGUUUGAUGUAGUUGAAAUAACUGAAUUUUGGGUUGUUCGAUCAAGUAAGGGAAACUCGAUGGAAUUCAUAACUGUCUCAAUAUUCUUUUUUUUUUCUUUUUAUUGUCUGAAUGUUUAGAAGCUAAGACCAUUCCAAUGCCCCUUUUCGCCAUGCAUAAACUAAACCAACAAUUAAGAUAAGCACGAAAAUUAAAGCUUCUACAAAUACAGAUAUACCUAAUACAUCGAAACUCAUUGCCCAUGGAUAAAGAAAAACUGUUUCAACAUCAAAAACAACAAAAACUAGAGCAAACAUAUAAUAACGGAUUCGAAAUUGUAACCAAGCGUUGCCCAUUGGUUCUAUACCCGAUUCAUAACUAGAAAGUUUCUCAGGCCCUUUGUUAAUCGGGGCUAAAACUCCGGAAACGAAAAAUGCCAAAAUAGGAAUAAGACUUGAUAUUAUUAGAAAUGCCCAAAAAAUAUCAUAUUCGUAAAGCAGAAACAUAGACGCACUCCUAUGAACGUGAAAAAUAUACCGGAUUAGUCGACUCGACUUGAAAUUGUCAAGUCAUUCACAACUGUUUAGUCAAAAAACACGAAUUUUUUUUGAUCGAACUUUAGGACAUGUCUCCUUUUCAAUAUUCAUCGACUGAAAUCCUAUUUCCAUUACACGUAUUUCAAUUUGAGUUAGUUAUAGUUAGUAUAACUAACUAUUAUUAUUAUACAAAUUCUCUUGUUUUCAUCUUACCUAGGAUUCUCUCGAACUCUCGAAAGAAAAGGAAUUCGAAAUAGAACUAAAAUGAUAAUUUUAGUUUAUAAUUCGAUUUUUUGAUAAAUGAAUAUAUUCUAAUUAUUAGAAAUUGAAAUCCAUUUUGAGUAUCUUUAUAUCUUUCUUUUCUUGUAUCUUUAUAUCUUUCUUUUCUUGUAUGAAUAGAGGAGGGUUUUUCCUCUUUUCUUAGAGAGCUCGAAUAGAACAAGUAAUCAGAUGUAAGAUAAAUUCUAUCAAUUUCCAUCUCAUCUUAAAAGGUUUAGAAUAGAUGGUGUUGGUAUAUUCCUUUUCAGGCUGAGGAGUUUCUAUUGAUUGAAUAGUGAAAGUAAAUACAGAAAGAGAAUACUACCCCUUUUGUGAUAUGGUUUGCUAGGUUUCGGAAGGUAUACAAAGAAAAAAGCCUAGUUGAGGUUUUUGACAAUGUUUACAAUUACAAUGAAACUUACCAAGAUAGUUGUUUUCAAAAUUGAGCUUUGCACAAAGAAAGCAGGUCGAAGAGUAUCACUAACUUUCUGAUUGUGGACAGAAAAGGGGGAAAAUUCAUAUGGAAUUCACCUCCGAAGAUUCAUGAAUAAAAUAAGUUUGUUUAGCCACACCAUUGGAUAAAUAUCCAAUGAGCCCGUUGACAUUGAAAUGUGUUUUUGCUUUCAUUUUUAUGUUCGGCUUUAAAAGAUGCUCGUGACCGGGCUUAUAGGAAUAAUUUAGGAAUACUUUUUUUGAUAAAAAACUGGUCGGUUACAAGCAACAAACUAGAAUGGGGAAAUUCCAAUUAUACAAUUUUUUUAUUUUCAUUUUUUAGGGCUAUACGGACUCGAACCGUAGACUUUCUCGGUAAAACGGAUCAAACUUUUUAUUAUCAAAAUGAUCUGAACUGUUUCAAAGACCCAACAUGCAUUUUUUGUGCAUUGGGCUCUUUCAUUAACUGAUAGAAAUAUCAGCUAGUCCGCCAUAUUUUUUUUGAUAGAAAAAAAGAAGAUGGCUCCAUGUGCUCUGAGUCAUUAUUUAAAUUCUGAUCCAGGAACACUACCAAAGUGUUUCAAGGGGGGUAUCUUGACGUAGGUCUGCCUCUGGCCUAGAUUAACCUAAGUUAGAUGAAGUCUCUACCGCCCUGCUUAAAAAUGAAAUAUGAAACUUCAUACACCUUAAAGUUCAUAGGGCGAAAAGAUCUUUUUUUGAGGUCCUUAUACUCAUUAUGCCUAGCAUUGAAUAGACAUUUACCUUAUCAAUAUCUCAAAUCAAUGAUGGGGCCUGUUUGGCACGUAAAAAGGGACAAGACUGAACCCCUUGUCAGGCUAUUGUUCUCUUGUUCCCUCAAAGUUAUGGAGUAAGACAUAGAUUUCUCAAUAAGAAAAAUUCUUUUGAUUGCAUGAUG